GAUUUUAAACAUUUCCGCCACUUUCUACAUCAAUAUUAAGAAUUUUAAAUUUAGACAAUUGUUCUCUGUUUUAUUGAAGGCCUAGACGAGCAUUCCCUCAUCCUUGAUGUGAGAACCAGACGGAACCGCCUCUUUCUGAUGGUGGAGAGGUUCAUCGAACAGUACCCCAUCAUCCAGGCUGCUUCAAGGGACCCAAGAAUCAAGAAGGAUAUGGACAGAGACAGAUUGCUGAGAGUGUACGAUGAUGACAUGAGCAAGUGUGAGGACUUUGUGGACACCAUGAGGGUCCUUUACACAUCCACACUUGCAGUUUCGGCUGAGAGGAGUGCCACUGUGGGGCAGAUCCUCCCCAUCCUCGACAAACUCAGGGCCAAGUUUGAGGUGAAAGAUGAAGAUUCUGCUUUCAAGAAAGCCAUCAAGGAGAAGGUCUGGGCAGACCUCUCCCAUCGUUACACAGAGGAAACAAACAAAGAGCUACUACUGUUCCUUGAGGAGGCUACUGCUCUAGAUCCUCAUUUUAAAGGCAAGAUUCAGGACGAGGCUGUUUGGACCCGCCUAGAAAAUGAAGCUGUAGCCCUCUUCGCUGGAGACAAGAUUGGAGAGGUGACCCAGCAGGAGGGGAAAGGAAGAAAGGAGCAACAGGAAGGGGAGGAAGUAUCUGAGGGAGAAGAAAUGCCAGAAGCUCCUGAGAAAAGAAAGAAAAAGCUGUCAGCCCUUGGGGAGCUAUUUCAGGAUCAGGACCAGGAAGUGUUACUCCAGAGUGAGAUAGACACCCAAGCACCUUCACUAGCCGAAAAGGCCAAGAACGAGCUGCUUAUCUAUCAGAGAUUUCCAGCAGUCCUCAGCUCUGUGCACCCCUUCUUGUGGUGGUGGCAAAAGAGAGACCAGAUGCCUUUGUUGGCCAGCUUGGCCAAAAAAUAUCUUUGUGUUCAAGCCUCUUCCACUCCUUCAGAGCGAGUUUUGUCCACAGCAGGGGAUACAGUCAGUGUUGAGCGGGCUCGACUCUUGCCUGAGAAAGUGGACAUGUUAGUUUUCCUUAAAAAUAAUGGCUAAAGGACUGAAUAUAUACACAGUUGAGUAGGCCAUGUUCAAGUAGUUCAAAGCAAAGAUGUUUACUUCAGUUUUUUCCAUUUUAUAUACCCCUCUAUUACACACAUUGUCCAGAGAGAGGAAUAUUCUAGUUUGUUAAACAUAUGUUAAAAUGUAAAGAGUUCUAUGCUAUAUUGUUAUAUUUAAUUUUGUAACAUAUUGUUAAGCCUCUUCCAUUCCUUCAGAGCGAGUUUUCUCCACAGCAGGGGAUACAGUCAGUGUUGAGCAGGCUCGACUCUUGCCUGAGAAAGUGGACAUGUUAAAAUGUAAAUAGUUCUAUAUUGUUGCA